AUGGCAAAUGAUGGGAUUCAGAGGAACGACAAUAGGAAAGCCUUUAAAACUGUACAGUUUUCUGCUUACUCUAAAGAGAUUGACAUUAUAAUGAAAAAAAUAUCAUUCUUGGAAAGAAACAUUACCCAACAACUAGACACUCUUCCUCAUUUUCCAGAAACUUUAUCACCAAGUCAUAAAGACUGUGUAAGUAGAAAGAACAGGACAAGAGGAAGUUGGAGUAAUCAGCUGAAAAACUUAUUAGGCAUUUACUCCAGGGACGAAAUUAUUAGUUUGGAUAAUUUAGCUGCAACGUUGCAUGACCAAGUUCUAAAGUUACAGGCUACACUUUUCCCCAAUGCCAUACUAAAACAGGUUCAUCUUGAUAACGAUAACAUAGAAAAUAAAAGAAUUUUAAAAGAAAUUACAUACGAAUAUUUUUCUAAGGAAAACUGCAGAGAGGGAGAUAAAUUCGGAGCAUUCAUCGUAAAAAGAAUUUUUUUUGGUGACUUAUCACUCGGGAUUUCCAUACUAGUCAACCAUACAACUUUUGAAUCGGCCACAUCGUCCAUAAUAGCAGUGAAAAGUUCUUUCAUUGAAAAUGAUUUCUUUUAUGAAGACUAUUUGAUUUUCGAUUGUAGAGUGAAACGACGAAAAAAAUUGAAGAGGAAAAUCUUGUUCAUUUCCACUACCAUGAAUUUUAAUUACCAAACCAAAGUCUAA